AUGGCUGGCAUUGAUUACAAAAAGCUUAGAGAAUCCAACCCUCGCGACAUCACUCUUUACUUCCGCGAGGCUAUUAAACGGCAAAGUGAUACAGAGGUGGCCCGUCAUGUUUUCGAAGGCAUCGAAAAAGGCCUUCUUCCAACUGGUUUAGCGCGUGAUUUGUUGAGGGCGACUAAAUGCCCUCUGAUCACAAAAGAUGCCAUCGUCCAGAAACACUCACUUAGCGUGCGUAAGUUUGGCCUUAAUUUUCUCGAGCGGCUACUCAGCCGCUCAGAUCCUAUCGAAACUUUAAAAGUAUUAGGGGGAGAAGAAUGGCUAUCACAACUAUUUCACAAUCUGUCCGUUGAUGAUGUUAAGAUUCUAUCGAAAGCUCUCUGCCUCGGCACACGCAAACGUUCCGAGGAAAUGGAAGGACUAUUCGACAGCUUGCAUGCAUCUCUUGUCGCUACCAGCGCUUUGGAAAACAGGCGUUUAUUCAAUUCGGUUUCUGAUCUGCUCCCAGCGUGUUCUGCUGGAUAUGUCGAGGUUAAUUUGAGCGAUGAUCAGAAACUAAGCUCGGCAUGCACUCGGCGAUUAAUCAUACGUCACACUACAUUUUGUCGCCAAAAAGUGCUGAACGCAGUCAAUUUUCCUAAAGUUUCUUUGCCAUAUUAUGCCUCCGAGCUGGUCAAAAAUUUGCCUAGCUUGCCCACAGAUGCUCGUGGAUUAACUCCAUCAAAAGAGUUUGCGUUGGAAGUUCUUUCUAAUAUUGCAGAUAAGUACAACAUAACUGCAGACGUUUCAGAUAAUUUCACUCGCGACACUUUGAUACUUCCAUUAGCACGUCGAGUAUACAAUAAAGAUGGCGAAAGUGACCAACACGGAACUAUGCUAGAAAUACUCCACUACACAGCUGCCAUAAUGGAACGCGGAUCAAACUUUGUCGACGUAAAGUUGUCCUUCAAAAAAGGUUAUUUGGGAUGGUUCGCAGUCAAGUGCUGGUCUAGUAAUGCUUCGAAAUUUGAUCAAAAAUUACGCACACUCUUGAAAAACUUGAGAGCUCCUUUAGAAGAGUUGCUCAAUCGCCUUCCAGAUUGCUUUGCACAUAUACCGGUCUGCUGUCGUAAGCAACUUUUAGAUCUGAUUUUUCAAUGUUAUUCUCCUAAGUUCAAAGAUCUGUUUAGCUCCGAGAGUCUGAAAGAGAUCAACCUGCUCGAAUGGCCCAAGUGGAUUUUUCGUACCUUGCCGAGAGUAGACGCGCUGCGGGUUUUCAAUAAUCUGAGAGGUAUAUACCAAGAAAGAGACAAGCCCUUUCUGAAGCCGAUCUAUCCAAUCAUCACUAGUCCGGAAACGAAUGUAGGUAUUCUCCACACAUGCUUAGAAAGAGGUGAAAUAGGUGCCUUGGAAAGAGCUGCAGUAGCGAUUCAACACCUGCAGAAACAUGCAGAGAAAGCCCGCAAUCAAAUACACCGUGAAACACAUACAAGCGAGGCUAUUUGUUAUGCAAUUGAAAGCGGAUCCUUAGAACUUCUUCUCGGCGUUAUUAAGUGGACAAGACGAUUCGUCAAAGACACGCUGACAGUCCCAACAAUUUUCAUUAGGACGUUAGUGAACAAUCAAGAUGUUGUAGAUAUGCUGGCGGUUUUGCCUUCCUUUCGCUACUCGCAAGGUGUUCCUUACUUGAAAUUUCGUCAGCUCGCAAUUCACGCAAAAGAAGACUUGGAUGUGAAUGUUGCCAUAGCAAAUGAGAUUUUGCGCACUAUCUUUUCCUUUGCCGUGUCAACGCUUCAGGAACCCUCUUCUGACAUCUUCAGAUGGCUCCCGCUUUUCAGACUUUCUGCGAAGAUCUCUAUCCAGCGAAUUAGAGAGAUUGAGAUGCACUACAGUGCCGACUGCUCUCAAAUAAGAUCGGUUUUCGAAAGCACAAAAGUUCUUCUACUAGAGACCGAAAGCAGACUCCUUGACCUUGGCGAAGAGCAUGUCUUUAACACAAACCCCACAAAAAUGGAUCGCUAUCCACUGCCGCUCACCAAGCGUGCGCAACCUCUUACUCUGGAAUUUUUGGAUGACCUUGCAAAAUGUAGAGACAAGAUAUGGUACCAGCUUCGUGUCAGUGAAAGACCCGAAAUUAGUAACUUACCUUCGCCUUUCUCACACGGCUUACCACUCAUCAAACUUCUUCAAUCAGUUUCCGGCCCAAACAAUAACAUGUUAGAUCUCGGGCUGGACUGCGCCAGCCCAAAUGUGCCAUUUCUAAAAUCCCGAGCACAUGAGCUGGUGUUCAUGCCUGCAGAGAUAGCCUUAUCCAAUUUACAGUUGGAUAAGGAUUCAGCAAACGCUGUAACUUGCUUCUUGGACAGUUACGCUAUCGCUCUACGAUUCUACGCUUUGAGCUACAGUGUAGAAGAACAACCAGACGCCAUUCAGAGGGCCUGGAAACACUGCCUUGCAAAUUUCAAUGGCUCCCGAAUGACGAACGAAGAGAGUCGCAUGCACUGGAUGGGCAUUUUCCAGGGGGCGCUAAGUAAUCUCGCUUUAGAUUCAUUUGAUACACAAAAGCUCUCAGCCAAUACCCUCAUAGUACCGACCGUAACAUCUUCCCCAACCCCCAUAAAGUGGUCUCCUGAAAUCCCUUACCAAGAAUUCACCAAGAAAAGAAAAACAGCCUUCAGAAACAUCGACUUCCUGACAAAUGGAUACCUUCAAAUUAGAAAUAGUGGUAUCUAUUAUGCUAUUCGCGAUCGAGGUUUGAAAAUUGGUGCAGACAGCGAAAAAAGUUUCGACGUUGGCGCUGAAAAUGACCGAUUAUGGUCCCUGUCUCGAAAAGACAAUUCGCCCCUCAAGAAUGAAGUGGCCGCACUCUCAGCAAUGCUUUUCUUGGAUUGUCACUUCAAAUCUUCUGAGAGCAUUUUGGCAUGCCCAUUUCCCUCACAGGCUGAAAUACGAUAUCCCUGUAUGAUUCUUGAUGAAGGUUUUCUUUCUGACAAGAACCGUACCUGCGACAAAGCCCUAGACGUUAUCCAGAAAUCGAUUGGUCAAGUAUCACCUGCAUUACUUAGUGAUUUGGUGCGAAAUGCGUUUAAGUCGCUGCUCUCUCAUAUGGGGACAUCCGUCUUUGCAGAGAGAAAGCGGCAAGCGUUUAGCUUACUCAAACUUUUGAUUGAGAGUGAUCGGCCAUCCCUGGCUUCACAGCUAGUACUAGAGGCUGUCUUAAAUUAUCCCGAGGAUACGGCAUGGCAUCGACAGAUCUUGACGCAGAAAAUCCUAAGAAGAAUGGAUCCUGUCGACGCUCAACAUCUCAUAAUACAGUUCGUGAGUGAAAUAUCAUCCAGGUUAGGCUCUCCAACAUCUCUUCAGUAUAAGCAGCACCAGUCAGCUCCCGAAUCUUUUGUCAAGGUGAGUACUGUUAAACUUUUAAUUGGGCUUUUAAGUAACACAGAGACAUUACCACCAUCGUUGACACUCACAGCCGUGAAACACUUGAUUACAAGCCAAUGUCACGUUGACAUUCGUAUCUUCAGUCUUCAAUGCUUACUCCAGACAAUGUGUGAUUGUAAAGACAACAAAAGUAAACCAAUUCGUGAGGCCAUAUUCACAACGUUAGAAUCUCUAACUAAUGUCGUUGGUGCCAUCAGUGAGAACUGUUCGUCCGUGAGUACCGCUGGUUCUGGAAGGCCAGAGUGCGAGUAUGAGCUUCCUUUGGCUUCAUCAGCUAUGUUACAGCAACUGCUUCUGACCCCAUCGUAUCGUGGAAGUAACAACGCUUCAGAUCUUCAAGAAUUUUUCGACCGAGUGGCCCUGCCUGCUUUGACCUAUUCUCGAGAAUCGAAUAUUUGUUGGAUGCGUCAAUUCUGUCGCAAGUACGACCUAGUAGACGUAUUAGAGUCGCUUCCUAUCGUGCCUGUCGAUCCAAGUGUAUGGUUCACUCUUUUCUCGAGCUACCUUGCAUAUCUACCCAAGUCUUGGCUAAUUCUAUUUCAUGAAUAUUUCUUGUUCACCCUUUCCCCACCCGAUAAGGUUACGGCGGUCAACUUGUUGAUCAAACAUGAUAUAGAGCUAGCAAACGGCAGCGAAAGUCACUGGCUGAGGCAUUACGGCGAAGUGCCAUCUUUCAAAAUUGAAAGUCUGCUUGAGGAAGAAUUCCCCACAGGAAGCAGGGUACAAAUUGAUCUGAAGAUGAUUCAGGACCUUACCGUAGAAAAGGCAAAAGCUAUCAUUGAAAAAUCAACCUGGACGCUAGAAACCUGGCAAAAAUUCGCGUAUACGUUCACUCUGAAACAUAGAGGGAAUCAUUCGCAAAAGAUAUGGCUUGAACAAUCGCGCCCUGUGCUGGUGAGUAUAAUUUCUUACAUUGAGGCGGCGCGUAAAUCUUCGAGGCUCAUUGCCCCAAAUAAAAAGCCGCUUAUUCUUCCACCAACAUUCCCGCUGUAUAUGGCACUGAUUGAUUUCCCUAACUCUGAUUCGGAUAAAGAGCUUGACGAAAGGAGCUGUCGCCGGUUUGCUGGGCAGUUGCAACAGUUCAUCGAGACCCAUGUUAUUGGAUGCGCAGAAACUCCAUACCACAAGCGUUUCGAACAACUCUCUUCAAAGGUUCUCGCAGGACUCAGAGAAUGGGAAAUUGUACAUGUUGUGUGCGACUUAGACUACUUGAUCAACUUUAAAAAUAUCAAGCUUUGUGACUAUCUCCUGGUGGACCUUGCAGAUUAUUUGCUCAACAAAGCACAUGGGAUAAGCAAGGCGCGGCCGGAACUACUUGACCAAGUCGUCAACAUGGUGACAAAGUGGAUUCAGUGCGACGACGAACUUGUUUGUGAUCUUGGUCUGGGAUGGCUGAAAAAAUCUGACGUGCCCUGGCUUGCAAACCAGCGCGAAGUGAUGCUCAACGCAGAGGGUGUUCUGAGCGCCAAAUCCAUAUCUAAAUGA